UCAGGUGUCAUUGAAAUGUCACCGAGACGUAUGUUAUCAGCGGCGUUGAUACAGCAGUUUCGGUGUUCUCUCUGCUUGAAAUCACGUACGCUUAGUAUUUUGAAAAUGGAACCAAAAGUGAAUUUAAAACAAGACCCGGCGUAUCAGAAGUUACAAGAAUAUUACAAUAACAACGCCGAUAAGAUAAAUAUCCUACAGCUAUUCCAACAAGAUGCAGACCGCUUUAAUAAAUACAGUCUUCGUAUUCCCACACCAAAUGAUGGUGAGAUCCUCCUGGAUUACUCCAAAAACCGCAUCGAUGACACCACCUUUUCACUGCUGCUCAACUUAGCUAAGAGCCGCAAUGUUGAGAAAGCUAGAGAUGCUAUGUUUGCUGGUGAAAAAAUCAACUUCACUGAGGACCGAGCAGUACUCCACGUAGCCCUCCGCAACCGUCAGAACCGGCCCAUCAUGGUCAACGGCAAGGAUGUCACACCAGAUGUGAAUGCAGUGCUCGAACAUAUGAAGGAGUUCUCUACGCAAGUUAUUAGUGGAGCAUGGAAGGGGUACACUGGCAAGCCAAUCACUGACGUCAUCAACAUUGGAAUCGGAGGUUCCGAUCUCGGACCUCUGAUGGUCACAGAGGCUUUGAAACCUUAUGCCAAUCAUCUUAAGGUACAUUUCGUAUCAAACAUCGACGGUACCCACCUAGCCGAGGUGCUAAAGCGAUUGAACCCAGAAACAGCAUUGUUCAUAAUCGCCUCCAAAACUUUCACCACACAAGAGACGAUCACCAACGCUACGUCAGCGAAGACAUGGUUCUUGGAGGCUGCUAAGGACCCAGCAGCAGUAUCGAAGCACUUCGUAGCGCUAUCCACUAAUGGUGAAAAGGUGACAGCUUUCGGUAUCGACCCAAAGAAUAUGUUCGGCUUCUGGGACUGGGUUGGAGGAAGGUAUUCUCUAUGGUCCGCUAUUGGUCUAUCCAUCUCUCUAUACAUCGGCUUCGAAAACUUCGAGAAGCUUCUAGAUGGCGCCAACUUUAUGGACAACCACUUCUGCACUGCGCCUCUGGAGAAGAAUGCUCCAGUAAUACUAGCUCUGUUAGGAGUGUGGUACGGCAACUUCUAUGGCGCUGAAACUCACGCUCUUUUGCCUUAUGAUCAGUAUUUACAUAGAUUCGCAGCGUACUUCCAGCAAGGGGACAUGGAGAGUAACGGCAAGUACGUGACUCGUGGGGGGGAGACUGUGGAGUACAGCACCGGGCCCGUCGUGUGGGGGGAGCCGGGCACCAACGGGCAGCACGCGUUCUACCAGCUCGUGCAUCAGGGCACCAGGCUAAUCCCAUGCGACUUCCUAGCGCCAGCCCAAACUCACAACCCGAUAGCGAACGGCGCGCACCACAAGAUAUUACUCGCUAACUUCCUCGCGCAAACUGAGGCGCUUAUGAAGGGGAAGACGGAUGCUGAGGCCAAAGCGGAAUUAGAGAAAUCAGGAAUGGCGCCAGAAGCGAUCGCUAAGAUCCUUCCCCACAAAGUGUUCAAGGGCAACCGUCCAACCAACUCGAUUGUUGUUAAGAAGUUCACGCCGUUCACACUUGGCGCUCUUAUCGCCAUGUACGAACACAAAAUCUUCACACAAGGCGUGAUCUGGGACAUCAACUCCUUCGACCAAUGGGGAGUGGAACUCGGCAAGCAAUUGGCCAAAGCGAUAGAACCGGAACUACAAGAUGGCAAGAAAAUCACCAGCCAUGAUGCUUCUACUAACGGCCUUAUUAACUUCUUGAAAGAAAACUUUUAAUAAAGAUCAUCUCCAAUAUGUAGUUUAUUUCAGCCAAUCGGUGUUUAGAAUUUUAGACCAAUAGGAGCAAAGAAUGCUCGCGGUCAAACGUGAUUGGCUAAUAUUGUCGUUUUACUAAAUACUUGUAAAGAAAAUUUAAAAUUGUUAUCUCAUUUUUUUAUUGGAAAUAAUGAUCAGAAAUACUUAGUAUUUCUUAUGAGACCUGUGUAAAGAUUUAUAUAAAUUUUAUUCCAUAAAGACGUCGUUUUUAUUUAUACAUCUUACAAAUUAAUGGAGAACUUUUCGAUAAAGUGUUUAAUAUUAUAUUCACAUUUGUAUAUUUGAAUGCUUUGUAGAACUCGUUUUGUGCAAUUAAAUGUUGUUGAUGUUAGAGAAAGUAUAAAUUAUUGCAAUUGUUGCUUUAUAGAUCUAUUGUAUGUUGGAUGACAAAAAUAAAAUAUUUAUCAC